AUGGCAGAGACCGAUGACAUUCAGCCUCUUGUCUGUGAUAAUGGAACUGGAAUGGUUAAGGCUGGAUUUGCCGGAGAUGAUGCUCCAAGGGCUGUCUUCCCCAGUAUUGUUGGUCGACCUAGACACACAGGUGUUAUGGUGGGGAUGGGACAGAAAGAUGCCUAUGUUGGAGAUGAGGCCCAGUCCAAAAGAGGUAUUCUCACACUAAAAUACCCUAUUGAACAUGGGAUUGUUAGCAACUGGGAUGACAUGGAAAAGAUCUGGCAUCAUACUUUCUACAAUGAGCUUCGUGUGGCUCCUGAAGAACAUCCUGUGCUUCUUACUGAGGCACCCCUGAAUCCUAAGGCAAACAGGGAAAAGAUGACUCAGAUCAUGUUUGAGACCUUCAAUGUCCCUGCUAUGUAUGUUGCCAUUCAAGCAGUUCUCUCCCUCUAUGCUAGUGGGCGUACUACAGGUAUUGUGCUGGACUCUGGUGAUGGAGUCAGUCACACAGUUCCCAUCUACGAAGGUUAUGCGCUUCCACAUGCCAUCCUCCGGCUUGACCUCGCUGGAAGAGAUUUAACAGAUGCCUUAAUGAAGAUCCUGACUGAGAGAGGGUACACUUUUACUACAACUGCUGAACGGGAAAUUGUACGUGAUAUUAAGGAGAAACUUGCCUAUGUGGCACUUGAUUAUGAACAGGAACUUGAAACUGCUAAAACCAGCUCAUCAAUUGAGAAGAGCUAUGAACUACCUGAUGGUCAGGUAAUUACGAUUGGAGCAGAGCGAUUCCGUUGCCCCGAGGUCCUAUUUCAACCAUCAUUUAUUGGAAUGGAGUCUCCUGGAAUUCAUGAGACCACCUACAACUCAAUUAUGAAGUGUGAUGUUGACAUCAGAAAGGACUUGUAUGGUAACAUAGUGCUGAGUGGAGGGUCCACCAUGUUCCCAGGAAUUGCUGAUCGAAUGAGCAAGGAGAUCACAGCCCUUGCACCAAGCAGCGUGAAGAUUAAGGUGGUAGCACCUCCAGAGAGAAAAUACAGUGUCUGGAUUGGAGGGUCUAUAUUAGCUUCACUGAGCACAUUCCAGCAGAUGUGGAUAUCUAAGCCAGAGUACGAUGAAUCAGGGCCAUCCAUCGUUCACAGAAAGUGCUUCUAG